AUGGAAAAUUGGAAAGACAGCGAUAGCUCCGGCGCUGGCAGUACAGUUGAUCCACUGUUUUCGGACUACGACGAACAAAGUUGGUUUGAUAGCGACAGUGGAGUUGCCAGUCCCGUACACGGCGAUCCGGUAGCGCAAACACUGAAUUUACUGACUAAGCCAGAAGCAAUGGGCAAUUUAGAAACACUUUUAAGGUUUAUUUAA